AUGGUUGCGCCAGACGCCCAGUUCGAUCAGCAACAGUUCAUGCAGGCUUCCAAUCUCAACACUUCGCCUUCCCCUGGGAUGAAAUCCGAACCCAACGUUUCCGAGGCGGCUAACCAGUCUGUCCUCUCAUACCCCCCUCACGCUCCAAUGAAUCAGCCCCCGAACAUGAAUCAAGACAUUCGGUAUGCGGUUCAACAACCCAACCCGCAGCUGCCUAUGCUGCAGAGUCCGUACGCUCCGUCAGGUUAUUCCGCAGCCUCAGUCCCGAUAAGCGCGCCCCAAGGACGACCGGAACCACCUCCCAAGACUUUCCACUGCGGAACAUGCGGGAAAGGAUUUGCUCGACGAAGUGAUUUGGCAAGACAUGAGCGUAUUCACUCAGGGAUCCGUCCUCAUGCUUGCGACUGGCCCGGCUGCGGCAAGCAGUUCAUCCAACGUUCCGCUCUGACUGUGCAUUCUCGAGUGCACACUGGAGAGAAGCCUCACAUGUGUGAAAGAUGUGGCAAGCCAUUUAGCGAUUCGUCCUCCCUAGCAAGACACCGCAGGAUUCACUCUGGGAAACGGCCGUACAAAUGCCCUUAUGCCAAUUGCCAAAAGACAUUCACCCGCCGCACAACAUUGACACGCCAUCAAAAUCAUCAUACUGGGACCAUUGAAGAAGCUGCUGCGGAAACUGAGGCCAACCUCAGACAAAACAAGGAAAGGGCGAAGGUGCCUGGGGAUGGAAUGUUUUCUGACCAUGGCUCGGUUCACGGCUCAGUCCACUCCACGCCUUCUCCCGCGCAUCACCCAAUCUCACCAGGUGGUGAACUUCCCCCUCUAACUAUUCCUCGUUCUACGGGCGAAUACUACCUAGGCAAUGGCUCUAUCCCGGCUCAUGUUCGGGGGGACUUUCAACAGGCGAGCCCUCGUGCGUCUCCCACCGCCACAUCGCCGUCUCUCUCCAGCUACAGCAGCGCUCCUCUUCCUCGGCCAUCGAUGACUUCUCAUCCAUCGACAUAUGCGCCUCCCCAACCACUGGAGCCACCUGCCACCAAGGACCAUCGCCCUAACAGUGUAGGUGGAAGUCCCCACAUGUCUAGCCUUGGCUGGCCUUCGCCUUCGCACUCUCCAGUGUCAGCGCCCGACUUUGGAUAUCCUGAGCCAAGCGGUCCGCCGUAUCCAGGUUCUGUGCCCCCUCAUAUGUAUUUUCCGAAUUCCACCAUCCGACGCCCGGCGAGCACGGAACCCGAGAACUAUGAGCUGAGGCCGAGACUUGGUGAUAACUCAUGGUCUACGCCAGCUUAG